CGCAAAGGGGACAAGGGAGACACCAUGGGUAUCUCUCGCGACUCUCUCCACAAGCGCCGGCUCACCGGUGGCAAGCAGAAGCCCUGGCGCAAGAAGCGCAAGUACGAGCUCGGCCGUCAGCCCGCCAACACCAAGCUCUCCUCCCACGUGGAUGUGCGCGUGGUGCGCUGCCGCGGCGGCAACAAGAAGUUCCGCGCGCUCCGCCUGGACCACGGUAACUUCUCCUGGGGUUCCGAGAACGUCACCAGGAAGGCCCGCAUCCUCGACGUGUGCUACAACGCGUCCAACAACGAGCUCGUGCGCACCAAGACUCUGGUGAAGGGCGCGGUGAUUGCGAUCGACGCCUCCGAGUUCCGCUCCUGGUACCAGCAGCACUACGGCAAGAAGAUCGGCAUCAAGGUGAAGGACGGCGUCAAGGUUGAGAGCGAGGACAUCGACGAGAAGCGCAGCAAGAGCGUCACCCAGAAGCUCAACAAGCGCAACAAGGGCCACGUCGUCGCCGAGAACAUUGACGCGCAGUUCACCACCGGCCGCGUCUACGCGCUCGUCACCUCCCGCCCUGGCCAGUGCGGCAGGUGCGACGGCUACAUCCUCGAGGGUAAGGAGCUCGACUUCUACGUCAAGAAGAUGCAGAAGAAGAAGGGCAAGCACGGCGACGCCGCCACCGCGUAAUUUGUUCGCGGCGAAGUGGAGUUGUGGUGGUACUUUUAGAUGUUUCCGUGAUUAAUCCAUCGGAGAUGUGACUUU